AUGCCACCGCACCUCCACGCCAGCAGCCCAGAUCUAACCGUUAGCCCGCACAGGCCGCUGACCCCCUCGGAGCUACACGUCCUGCGAGCCCAGUACGAAAAGGAAGGCGACAUGGUGGGCGUCCAGACAAAAUUCAACUACGCAUGGGGACUCGUCAAGUCAAACAGCCGCAACGACCAACAACUCGGCGUCCGCCUCCUCAGCGACAUAUUCCGACUCUCUCCCGAACGCCGCCGCGAAUGCCUGUACUACCUCGCCCUCGGAAACUACAAGCUCGGCAACUACGGCGAGGCCCGCCGCUACAACGACCUCCUGCUCGACAAGGAGCCAGCGAACCUCCAGGCCUCGGAUCUGCGCCAACUCAUUGACAACAAGGUCGCCAAGGAGGGGCUCAUGGGCGUCGCUAUCCUGAGCGGCGUCAGUAUUGCCGCCGGUGUCGUGGGCGCAUUCCUGCUCAAGAAUGCUAGGAAAAGGUAG